AUGACUGAUUCAGAAUGCUGCGCCAGUGAGGUGUUCUCGAUGGAAGACUAUGGUUUCUACUCGGAUGUGGCUAGCUGCUGCACUGAUUCAACGCUCGAAGAGGCAGCCACCAUUGAAAGUCCUCCGCCAAGUCCACCGCCGUUGGCAAGGUUAGCAGCAAGCUUUUCAAAAUUUUGCUUCUUUCAAGGAUUCGGCGGAGCAUUUUUUGGUCAUUGUCAGCAGAUCUUACUGCAGGAAAAGACGCAGUUCUAA